AUGUCUGCACCAAACGCAGGUCGUCAGUCCCCAGAGCCUGAGACCCAGACCAACGCUCAGCACGGACAGCCUCAACCCGGCAGUGGAAAGAUCGAUGAAUCCAGCGGCAAGGACGAAGGCAAAGAUAACCAGGCCGAAGGCUUGUCCAGCAACCCCACCCACAUCCUCGAGAAACACUCUCAAGCAACAACGAGCAAGACAACAUGA